AUGAGGUCAUCCUGGGCCCAGGGCCUUCUGCCUGGAGCUCUCUGUCUGCCUGUUCUCUGGACUCUCCUGUCCCCUGCCUGCUGCUCCAAUGACUCACCCAGCUGGCGCUUCACUUCCUCUGAGGUUGUCAUCCCCAGGAAGGUGCCCCAUAGCAAGGGUGGAAGCAAGACACCAGACCAGCUCUCCUACAGCAUGCGCUUCCGGGGUCAAAGACAUGUGCUGCAUAUGAAACGCAAGAAGAACUUGCUGCCCCAGACAUUUCCUGUCAUUACGGACAACACCCAAGGAGGCAUGCAGGAGGACUAUCCUUUUAUCCCUGGAGACUGUUACUACUACAGCUACCUAGAAGGGGUUCCUGGAUCGCUGGCCACACUGGACACCUGCCAUGGAGGUCUGCGUGGAAGGAUACAGGUGGAUGACUUCACCUAUGAAAUCAAACCGUUGGAGACCUCUUCGAAAUUUGAGCAUGUGAUUUCUAUGCUCGUGGCAGAAGAGAGAGGAGAGGCCAGCCAAAGGUGUGUCGUUGGAGAGGAAGAAAUAAAACCAGUAGUUGAAGAUCUCGAACUGUCUGAAAGUCCUAGAGCAGGCACCUAUUACUUGUGGCGGAGACAUCCCAAAGACACGCGAAUUGUGUACGUUGUAGCUUAUUCCUACUUCAAGCACUUCCUAAAUCAGACCCUUAUACUGCAGCAAGUAUUGAUUAUAAACAGCAUUAUUGACUCCAUCUACAAACCAGCUAGUUUUAAUAUGAAUGUGCGUUUAGUGGUGUUCUGGGAAAACGAGGAUAUUGUCUCUACCAAUGUACCCAGAGCGUAUGACUUCCUAAGGAACUUUUCGGGUUGGGUUGUUCGUACGUGGUUUGACAAAGUUACUCACAGCGCUGCAAUGUUGUUAGUAGGAGAAAGGGUUAAAGGAACUCAUUAUUUAAGUUACCACGGAGGAUUUUGCACCAGGUAUAAUACGGCAUUUUACGUGGUUGCAAGAAAUUUUCAUGUAUUUUUGGUUUCGACCCUGGCAGCACAUGCAUUAGGUCAUUUAUUUGGUUCACUUCAUGACUCACCUCGUUGUGUGUGUUUUCGAAGACGCCAAUGUGUCAUGACGCCUUUAAUCUACUUUCAAGAUACAUUUAGCAAUUGUACCUUCCAGAAGUUACACGAAUGGGGUCGUAAACAGAAAAAAUGCACGUGGGAGCUGAAUGUGCCCUAUGAAAGUUACCAUUAUAUAGCUCCUCGUUGUGGAGACAGGAUCAUAAGUCAAAUGGAGGACUGUGACUGUGGUUCCCUCAAAGACUGUGCCAGUGAUAAGUGUUGUGGGACGGACUGCUUCUUCACGAAGGGCACCCAGUGUGAUUCGGGAGACUGCUGCCAGGACUGUAAAUUCAUUCCUGCUGGAACUGUUUGCAGAGACAUAGUGGGUAUUUGUGAUCUGAGAGAAUACUGUCCUGGAAAUUCAGAGAAGUGCCCAAACGACACUUAUAUCCAGGAUGGAACCCCAUGUUCCCCAAAAGCUGUUUGUGUGGGAGGAAACUGCACUGACCGUGAGUUGCAGUGCCAAGCCCUUUUUGGACGCAACAUAAAAGAGGCUUCAGCAGAAUGCUAUGAACAAUUGAAUACGAUUGGGGACCGAUUUGGAAACUGUGGGUUGAUUCGUAGACUUGGGGGACCUGUGCCUUUGCCAUGUUCGAAGAACAACGUCCUGUGUGGCAUGCUGCACUGCAGUGGUGUUUCUGCUCUACCAGGAGGAGGGGAGCACACUACUUUUCAUGAUCUAACCGUGCGAUAUGAGAAAGAAGAGCACCAUUGCUUCGGAUAUGAUGUACACUUUGGCACAGAGCAGCCAGAAAUGGGUUUGGUAGUGGAUGGUGCAAUGUGUGGUGCCGGAAAAUACUGUUUGAAGAGAAAUUGUACUUCUUUUGCAGAUUUGGGUUUUGACUGUGAUGUGAAAAGAUGCAAUUACAAAGGGGUGUGCAACAACAACCACAAAUGUCACUGUAUGCCUGGCUGGAGACCACCGACAUGUGAAGAGAAAGGACAGGGAGGUAGUGAAGAUAGUGGCAUACCAGCUGGCAAACAACACCGUCUUCAAACCUACAUACAUGUGGGUAUGCGCAGAAUUGUCAUUGUUGUAUUAAGUCGCUUAGUUCUGUUUCUGCUUUCCAUUAUUGGUGGUGGAAUCACAGCUGUAGUAGCAGGAAGUUUUCAUGUUAAAAGGGACGAACAUCUCAAGGACCUUGGCUACGUUUUCAUGUUAAAAGAGAGGUACGAUAUCAGGGGAGCUGCUGAAAGCCUUCAGCCUCAGUCUGCGCUGCUCCUGGCCAGCCUGAUGGGACUCUUGAUGUCCUAG